CCGCUCACCCCCGCUCACCCUCUCUCACAGAUAUACAGCCACCAUGCGUCGCACGCAGAAGCUUUUCCGCUACACUCCCUCCCCACCUAUGCCCCCCCGUCCCAGACGUCCGGUGCUCAUGACCGCCGCCGCGCGCGUAUUUGCUCGUGCAGCCGUCAUCCAGGCAGAAGACGCCGCCGCAGCCGCUGGCCCAGCAGCUGUCGCGCGCCGUGCCUCGAUCGAUGAUACCCAGUCCCCUUCCCCCUCCGCCGCAUCCUUCUCCACCUCGGCCAACGCCCAGAACCUCGCUGCAUCUCCCGCUGCCAACUCCGGCGUGCAGGUCACUCCGGAAAUGUACCCCGCCCCGAGCUGGCGCCGCCGCCCCGUCCGCGAGCCUGACUAUGCGCGCCGCCAGCCGCUGCCCGCUGACGCGCCUGUGCUCCCCAUCGCAUCGCACUCCGUUCCGCUUCCUGGCGCGACGCUGUAUGGUGGUAGCGAGGGUCGUUUCGUCGCCGAGACCGAGGACAACGACCCGCACGACCUCGCCGCGUUCUCCCUCUCCGAUCCCCUUGAUUUCGCCCAGCGCCGAGUCCCCGUUGAGGACAACGACCCGCACGAUCUGAUGGCUGCGACGCGCUGGUCCUUUGGCGACCCGACGGACCACGAGAUGCUCGCGCGCAAGAAGUACACUCCACCUCCGUUUAAGCCUGUGUUCAUGAAAGGCGAGGACAACGACCCGCAUGAUCUAAGUGCCGCGACUCCCUGGAGCCUUAGCGACCCUCUUGACCUCCAGUCGGCUGUUCCCCGCUUCCGCCACCUCAACGACGAGGACAACGACCCCCACGACAUGAGCGCUGCCACGCCAUGGUCGCUCAGUGAUCCCCUCGACGCCGACCCAAAACGUUUCAAGUACCUCCAGAGCCGUCUUGGCAAGGCUGAGGACGACGACCCGCACGACCUCAUGGCCGGUACUAAGUGGAGCUUUGGCGACCCGACCGACCACGAGAUGCUCGCCCGCAAGCGCGCCAAGUACACACCUCCCGAGUUCAAGCCUGUGUACGUGGGCGCCAACACUCCCACCUCCGACCUGCAUGCAUGGAGCAUGAGCGAUCCCCUCGACCGCCCGGGUCCGUCGUACAAGCCCAAGUCCCCUGCCAAGACGCAGGCGCAGGUCGAGCGUGCCGCAGCUGAGGACAACGACCCACAUGACCUUAUGGCCGCGACGCGCUGGUCAUUCGGCGACCCGACCGACCACGAGAUGCUGGCUCGCAAGAAGUAUUCCCCACCAGAGUUCAAGCCAGUCUUCGUGGGCGCCGAGGCUAAGCGCGGUCCCCAUGACCUGACGGCCGCGACCAAGUUCAGCUUGAGCGACCCAUUGGACGGCGCGCGCAACGUUCAGACCCUUAUGCGGGAGGAUAAUGACCCGCACGACCUCAUGGCCGCGACGCGCUGGUCCUUCGGCGAUCCGACGGACCAUGAGAUGCUUGCGCGCAAGAAGAAGUAUUGUCCGCCAGAGUUCAAGCCAGUAUUCGUCGGCGGCGAGGCCCCCGGCCGCGACCCGCAUGAUCUCACUGCUGCCACCAAGUUCAGCCUCUCCGAUCCACUCGACACUCCGCGCAGCGUCAAGACCGUCCAGAAGGAGGACAAUGACCCGCACGACCUUAUGGCCGGCACCAAGUGGUCGUUUGGCGAUCCGACGGACCACGAAAUGCUGGCACGCAAGCGUGUCAAGUACUCCCCGCCCGAGUUCAAGCCCGUCUUUGUCGGCAGUGAGCAGGAUGCCGGGCGUAGCCCACAUGACCUCACCGCCGCAACGCGAUUCAGUAUGGGCGACCCCCUCGACGUUGAGAAGGUACGCAAGACCGAGUCGAUCGGUGGGUUGUCCACGCCCGCCGCGACGCGCCCGACCUCGCCCGUCGACGCCGUUGACCAGGCCGCUGAGGCUGUCGCUGUGGCCAAGGCCGCGGAACCGAAGCCGGUAGACGUUGCCACGCCGCCUCUCUCGCCUGCUUCCUCCGGCCUCGGCAUCGACCUCGAGGCCACCGAGGCCGACCCCUCGUCCCUACUUCCCCAGAUCAACCGCGACCCCGACGAGGAGCGCGUUGCCCUGCGCUCCUCGACUGUUCCAGCCUCCCGUCUCGGCCGGUUGUUUCACUACGGCUCCCUUGGCCUCUCCCUCGGUCUUGGCGCCGCGACUGAGACGAUCCGACGCACUGCCGGCGGCAGCGGAACCGGUAGUGUAUUCAUGAGCGACGCCAACGUGCGUCGACUCGUUGCGACCCUCGGUCGUAUGCGUGGCGCUGCGCUCAAGCUCGGCCAGUUUAUGUCAAUUCAGGACAACACGAUGCUGCCGCCCGAGAUUGAGCGUGUGCUGCAGCAGGUGCAGGACCACGCGAACUACAUGCCCGAGUGGCAGAUGGAGAAGGUGAUGCGGACCGAGCUCGGCGCCGAGUGGGAGAGUCUGUUCAAGGCGUUUGACCGCGUCCCCGUCGCUGCCGCGAGUAUCGGUCAGGUCCACCGCGCUGUGCUGGCCGACGGCACGCCCGUCGCCGUCAAGGUCCAAUUCCCCGGCGUCGCAGGCUCGAUCGAGAGCGACCUCGCCAACGUCUCCCUGCUGCUCCGCGGCUCCGCUGUUCUCCCCAAAGGCCUGUAUCUCCAAAACACAAUGGCGGUUGCCAAGCGCGAGUUGGAGGACGAGUGCGACUACGUGCGCGAGGGCGCGGCCGGCACGCGCUUCCACACCCUCCUCUCCGGCGAUGCGGUGUUCGACGUCCCGCGUGUCUUCGAGCACGCGACGACCUCCAAGGUCCUCACGACCGAGUGGAUGUCCGGCCGCCCGCUCUCGAAGAUGAAGGGCAUGAGCCAGGCGCAGCGCGACCUGAUUGGCUCCAACAUCCUCCGUUUGUGCCUGCAAGAGCUCUUCGUCUUCCGCUUCAUGCAGACAGACCCGAACUGGGCCAACUUCCUCUUCGACGCGCCCUCGGGCCGCAUCCAGCUCAUCGACUUUGGCGCCUCGCGCGCAUACACCAAAGAGUUCAUGGACGGGUGGUACCGCCUGCUCCAAGCCGCGUUGGACGGGGACCGCGGCGCGAUGAAGGCGGAAAGCGAGAGCCUCGGAUACCUCACGGGCGAGGAGAACGAGCUCAUGGUCAACGCGCACCUCGACAGCAUGGCCGCGCUCGCCUCGCCCUUCCAGCACGACGGGAAGUAUGCGUUCGCCAACCAGACCAUCACGGAUAAGGUGCGCGCCCUCAUCCCCGUCAUGCUCCAGCACCGUCUCACGCCGCCGCCCGCGCCCACGUACUCCCUCAACCGCAAGCUCAGCGGCGCGUUCCUUAUGUGUGCCAAGCUCGGCGCGAAUGUCGACUGUAAGGGGCUGUGGGAAGCCGCUACAGCUGGAUACAGGGUUGGCUCGGACGUGUCUGCCACUGCCUAGAACUAGAUUAUGUCAUUGCAUUGUCGUGUUAGUGAG